AUGAAAAAGGGGAUAGCGUUUGAAUGGACUCCUGCAUGUGAGGAAGCAUUCAACCACUUCAAAGAGAUCCUAGCAACACCUCCGGUGCUCGGGAAGCCUAAGGCCGGAGAGUCACUCUACCUCUACCUAGCUGUAACGGAGGAAGCGCUUGCAGCAGUGCUGGUACGAGAAGAAGGGAAGGCUCAGCAACCAAUCUACUUCGUAAGCAGGGCGCUACAAGGAGCAGAGCUGAGGUAUAGCAAACUGGAGAAACUGGCGCUGGCACUCCUAACCUCCUCCCGAAGGCUGAGGCAGUACUUCCAGGGCCACCGUGUCGUCGUGAGAACGGACCAAGCAAUUCGCCAAGUGCUCCAAAAGCCUGAUUUGGCAGGAAGGAUGAUGACUUGGGCCAUCGAGCUCUCCCAAUAUGACUUGCAGUAUGAGCCCCGACAUGCAAUCAAGGCGCAGGCGAUGGCAGAUUUCCUAGUAGAGGUAACAGGUGAUCCCCCCGAGGAAACGGGCACACGGUGGAGGCUCCAUGUAGACGGGGCCUCCAACCAAACGUCCGGGGGUGCCGGGGUCAUCUUAGAGAGCCCGGCUGGGGUCAUAUACGAGCAAUCGACCAAGUUCGAAUUCCCCGUAUCGAACAACCAAGCGGAAUACGAAGCCCUCUUGGGUGGACUAACCCUAGCCUGGGAAGUCGGGGCAACAAGGCUGGAAGUGUGCAGCGACUCACAGGUCGUCACCUCACAAGUGAACGGAAGCUAUCAAGCCAGAGACCCGUUGCUGCAAAAGUAUUUGGAAAAGGUUAGAGAAUUGACCAGGCAGUUCCAGGAGGUCACGGUCCAACACGUUCCGAGGGAGAGAAACACACGGGCAGACCUCCUAUCUAAACUAGCAAGCACGAAGCCGGGAGCGGGCAACCGGUCUCUCAUCCAGGGUAUGGUGAAGGAGCCAACGGUUGCCCUCCAUUUGACAAAAUCAAGCCCCUCCUGGUUGGACCCCAUCACAAACUUCCUGGAACAUGGUAAACUACCUGAUGAUGAGAAAGCAGCCAAAACGCUGAGGAGGGAGGCAGCCAAAUAUGCAAUCAUACAUGGACAAGUGUUCAGAAAGGGACUCAGCCAACCCCUAUUGAAGUGCCUGCAUCUCGAUUAG